AUGGCGACAAACCCAAAUGCCAUCAACGUGAACGACCCCGGGCUGAUCACUCUCGUAAACAAGCUCCAGGAUGUCUUCACCACAGUCGGGGUCCAAAAUCCCAUAGACUUGCCUCAGAUCGCUGUCGUAGGAUCGCAGUCCAGCGGAAAGAGUUCAGUGCUUGAGAACAUUGUUGGAAGAGACUUCCUGCCCCGAGGAACUGGUAUUGUUACUCGAAGACCACUCAUUCUCCAACUCAUCAACCGCGCAUCCUCGCAACCGAACGGCACUACCGAAGGAGCAAAGACAACAGACCAGGAGAACAAUUCCGACGAGUGGGGCGAGUUCCUGCACAUUCCUGGCCAGAAGUUCCACGACUUCAGCAAGAUACGGGACGAGAUUGUAAGGGAGACAGAGUCCAAGACUGGUCGAAAUGCUGGUAUCUCGCCUGCACCCAUCAACUUGAGAAUAUACUCGCCAAAUGUCCUCACGCUCACGCUGGUCGACUUGCCCGGUCUAACAAAGGUGCCUGUCGGUGAUCAGCCAAGGGAUAUUGAACGUCAGAUCCGAGAGAUGGUUCUCAAGCAGAUCAGCAAGCCCAAUGCCAUCAUUCUCGCUGUCACCGCUGCGAAUACCGAUUUGGCCAAUUCCGACGGUCUGAAGCUGGCUCGUGAAGUAGACCCUGAGGGACAACGAACCAUUGGUGUUUUGACCAAGGUAGAUCUGAUGGACGAAGGAACCGACGUCGUAGACAUCCUUGCCGGUCGCAUUAUUCCAUUGCGGUUGGGCUACGUACCAGUUGUCAACCGAGGACAGAGGGACAUCGAGAACAAAAAGGCCAUCUCAUACGCGCUCGAGCACGAGAGGCAAUAUUUCGAGAACCACAAGGCAUACCGCAACAAGGCAGCAUACUGCGGUACACCUUACUUGGCGCGGAAGCUGAAUUUGAUCCUUAUGAUGCAUAUCAAACAGACUCUCCCCGAUAUCAAAGCUCGCAUCGCUUCGUCGCUACAAAAGUAUCAGGCAGAACUUUCGUCGCUGGGCAACUCCAUGCUCGGCAACAGCUCCAACAUUGUCCUAAACAUGAUCACAGAAUUCACCAACGAAUACCGGGGAGUGCUAGAGGGCAACAACCAAGAGCUUUCCGCAGUUGAACUUUCAGGUGGAGCCCGUAUCUCUUUCGUCUACCACGAAUUGUACGCCAAUGGUGUAAAGGCCGUUGAUCCCUUCGAUCAGGUCAAAGACAUGGACAUCCGGACCGUUCUCUACAACUCGUCUGGUUCAUCUCCCGCGCUGUUCGUUGGUACUACUGCUUUCGAACUCAUUGUGAAGCAGCAAAUCAAGCGACUAGAAGAACCUAGCUUAAAGUGUGUCAGUCUCGUCUAUGAUGAGUUGAUUAGGAUCCUCAGCCAACUUCUCAACAAGAACGCUUUCCGCAGAUACCCAGGAUUGAAAGAGAAGCUGCACCAGGUCGUUGUUAGCUUCUUUAAGAAGGCCAUGGAGCCCACCAACAAGCUCGUAAAGGAUCUUGUCGCUAUGGAGUCGGUCUACAUCAACACUGGUCACCCUGACUUCAUCAACGGUUCGCGUGCUAUGGCGAUUGUACAUGAGCGACACAAUAGCAGUAGGCCUCAGCAAGUAGACCCCAAGACUGGAAAACCACUCCCACCUAGUGUCCCGCCGCGGUCGAUAUCUCCAUCGCUCGAUCCUAAUGAGGGCGGUGGCUUCUUUGGCUCAUUCUUCGCUAGCAAGAACAAGAAGAAGAUGGCAGCUAUGGAGCCUCCGCCCCCUACACUGAAGGCUUCAGGCACCCUUUCCGAAAAGGAGUCGCAAGAAGUUGAAGUUAUCAAACUACUGAUCACCUCAUACUUCAACAUUGUCCGUCGAACAAUGAUCGAUAUGGUACCCAAGGCCAUUAUGCUGAACCUUGUCCAGUGGACCAAGGAGAACAUGCAAGGCGAGCUUCUCACCAACAUGUACAAGACAGACGAGCUCGACGAGCUACUGAAGGAGUCAGAGUACACUGUCAAGAGGCGGAAGGACUGCCAGCAGAUGGUGGAGAGCUUGUCCAAGGCGCAGGAGAUUGUGAAUCAAGUGCACACCAGAGCGGCCAUGCUGCUCCCACGAAUAUUUGCGCCUGUCCGCGCAUCGUUAGCGACAUCGACGACGUUCAUCGCCCCAUCUACCCGUGUUCUCGAUGCCCUCCGCGCAGCCAAUGGCACCUCGGCCCCUACCCCGGUCCUCUCCUUCGUAAGACAUUCAGCGCAUCAGGCACAAGGACGAGCCAACGGAGCAAAAGAUGGGCCUGGAAAACGGUUAGGAGCCAAGAAGAGUGGAGGAGAGUAUGUUAUCCCAGGAAACAUCAUCUUCCGCCAACGAGGCACAGCGUGGUUUCCCGGCGAGAACUGCAAAUUCGGUCGCGAUCACUGCAUCUUCGCUACAGAGUCUGGUUAUGUCCGGUACUACCGUGACCCACGGAAACACCCAAAGAGACAGUACAUUGGUGUCGCCCUUGAGAAAGACCACACCCUUCCAUAUCCACCAAACGCGGCAAGGCGGAGACGACUAAACAUGCUCGCUGUUCCCAUCACAUCGCCCACAAACCCUUCUGCUGAUGCAGUCAUUGUAACCGAUCUACAAGUUGGCGACGGCACAGGCAGCCCAAGCAGCGUCCGCGAUACCCCGCGCGAAGCGACAAGGAAGGGAUUGACCUUGACCAAGGGCAAGGGAUACGCGUACCGCGAGGCCAACUGGCAGAUUGGACGUGCGGCAGAGAGAGCGGGUGUACAGGUCAAGGAGUUUGUGCCUGGCGACCGAUGGACAGCGUGGCGGAAGAGGAGCACAAGGAUCAAGGCUAACAUGGAGAGGAAGAGACUCAGGAACGCGGGCAAGAAGACUAGCAAGCCCAAGGCGAGGAAGGCGAGAGCGUAG